GGGAGAUAACUUACCGGCAUUUUCGUUCUGACAGAAAAAAGUGAAAACAGAAAAAGUAAACUUGAUUUAUUUUGAAAGUGACAAUGUCAGUGUUCAGUCCUUAUUUUGGAAAGAUCCGAGCUCCUCAGGGUGGAGAGAAAGUGUACAAGGAUGAAUGUGCUUACUCCUUCGACAAUCCUGAAAGUGAGACUGGAUUGUAUGUGUGCAUGAGUUCAUUUCUCGGUCUCGGGAAGAAACAUAUGGAGAGACAUUUUAAAAAGACUGGCAAUGGAGUUUUCCUACAUCUCAGAAGAAUUAGGAAGGCGGUACCUGCAGAAGAGACCCCUCCUGAUGCAAAGGUCACAAAGCUGGCUAUCGGUGUGGAGGGAGGCUUCCACACAGAUGACAAAAAGUUCUCGUUUGAGGAGCACAACUCUGUUGUAGUGUUGCCAGGAUGGGAGAAAUUUCCUCUACCUAACCCAGAACUGCCUGAGAUUGUUCAGAUGGCUGUGUCAGGUAUCCUAGCAGCUGAGGAUGCAUGGAAACUUGAAGAGGCUGCUGCCAUGGCCGGAACUUGGGAUGGGGAGAAGAGAAUGGUCUCCAAGCAUGCUGAGAAUCUUGCACAACUGGAUAAUGGUGUGAAGGUUCCACCUACUGGCUGGAAGUGUGAAAAGUGUGACCUAACCUCCAACCUCUGGCUCAACCUCACUGACGGCUCCAUUAUGUGUGGUCGGAAGUUCUUUGAUGGGAGUGGGGGGAAUAACCAUGGGGUGGAUCAUUACCAGGCUAACAAAUACCCCCUCGCAGUCAAGUUGGGCACCAUUACACCUGAUGGUGCAGAUGUGUAUUCAUAUGAUGAGGAUGAUAUGGUUGAGGAUCCAUACUUGGCCAGACAUCUUGCACACUUCGGUAUCAACAUCACUGCCAUGCAAAAAACAGAGAAGACGAUGGUAGAAUUGGAGAUCGACCUGAACCAGAAGGUGGGAGAGUGGGAUGUGAUACAGGAGGCUGGGAGCAAGCUGACUCCGCUCUAUGGGCCAGGGUAUACCGGCAUGAGAAACCUGGGCAAUAGCUGUUACAUGAACUCUGUCAUGCAGGUCAUGUUUACAUUGCCCGACUUUCAGACAAGGUAUGCCAGUGCAGUGGAUGAGAUAUUUGCCUCAGCUCCUGUUGACCCUACUUCUGACUUUAACGUCCAGAGUGCAAAGCUAGGCCAUGGUCUGCUGUCAGGGGAUUACUCCAAGUCACCAGAGGGAGGGGAUGAAAAUAACCUGGCACCUAGUGGUAUCCGUCCGCAGAUGUUCAAGACCCUGAUAGGCCGCGGUCAUCCCGAGUUCUCCACAAAACGACAACAGGAUGCACAGGAGUUCUUUCUUCAUCUUCUAUCACAGCUGGAGAAAAACAACCGGGGCCAACUCAACCCGAGCGAGUGUUUCAAGUUUAAAGUGGAAGAGCGUGUGGAAUGUUCUGUCUCUAAGAAAGUGAAAUACACAGAGAGGACAGACUUCCUGCUACCCCUGCCUGUACCAAUGGAAGCUGCUACCAAUAACGAUGCAGUCCAAGCCUGGGAAAUUAAGAAAAAAGAAUUGGAAAGCUCAAAGCAGAAUAUAGAUCCAAAGGAGAUAGUGCGGCCCAAAAUCCCAAUGCAGUCAUGCCUUGAAUCAUUUGCUGCUACAGAAGUUGUGGAGGGAUUCUUCAGCAGUGCAAUCAAUUCUAAAUGUGCCGCAAACAAGAGGACCAGGUUGCUCAGUUUCCCGGAUUAUAUGGUUGUACAAUUGAAGAAGUUCACAGUGGGAGAGGACUGGGUGCCCAAGAAACUAGAUAUAUCACUGGGGGUGUUGGAGGAGCUAGACAUCAGUUUCCUGAGGGGGUCAGGCCUUCAGCCAGGAGAGGAGGAGUUGCCAGAAGCCCAACAGGAACAAGUGAACAUAGAUGAGGGCACAGUAGCCCAACUAGUGGAUAUGGGAUUUCCACUGGAGGGUUGUAAGAAGGCUGUAUUCCACACGGGCAACAUGGGAGUGGAGGUGGCAAUGAACUGGGUCAUGACACAUAUGGAAGAUCCAGAUUUUGGUAUGCCAUUUGUGCCCCCCGGAGCCAAGAAAUCCACCAGUUUUACCCCAAACGAGGAGGCAGUAGCUAUGAUCAUGUCAAUGGGUUUCUCACCAGAACAGGCGACCAAGGCUCUUAAGAAUACAGACAAUAAUGUAGAGAGAGCAGUGGAAUGGAUAUUCAGCCACGCCCAGGAGUUGGACGCACCCAUGGAAACUGACCAAUCAGAGGCUAGCUCAUCACCACAGUGUCGGGAUGGCAGUGGAAAGUACAAGCUGGUAGCAUUCAUCAGCCACAUGGGUACCUCAACCAUGGUUGGCCACUAUGUGUGUCAUAUUCUCAAGGAGGGGCGCUGGGUGAUAUUUAACGACGAGAAAGUUGCCCUAUCAGAACACCCACCUAUGGAUCUGGCUUACCUCUACUUUUACAAGAGAAUAGACAGUUAAUUGUUUUCUUACGACUGUUAAAUAGGCUGGAAAACACUUUUUGAGAUAUUCAUCUCCACCUGCUCCUGUCCUAAUGUUAAACAUUAGACCAAAAAUCAGCAUUGCGAAAAUAGGUUAAACAGAAGCAACAACAUCAAAAAGUCAACUGAAAACUGCAUCAUGUUAGCAAGUUAUUGUUUACAUUAGCACAGACAACAGACACCGGGCCAUCGCCAACUUAACACUCUUUAAUUUAGAAAGUUAAACAAAUAAAUCCGGAUGAAAAUCAGUUAAAAAAUUUGAUGGCCACAUUAGAUUUGCCAUUUCAGAACACAGAUUUCUGUUAUUUAUAUGUUAGUUGUUCGUUUUGCAAUUGCUACUGUUUGAGUGAUUCUAUAUCAUUUUUGAGCAUCUGAUGUAUUUCAAAACUAUUCUUGUUUUAUGAAGAUGUGUUUUAGAGUUUAGAGUUUGCUGAAUGAAAUUCUUGUACACAUUUUAUCAGUAUACCUGUGUUUACAAUUCAUUCAAAAUUCUUAAAUAAUUGAAUUGAUUUUUUUUUUUGUAUCAAAAUUUUAUCUAGCAAUUAAUUGCUUUAAUGAUGAUCAACAGUUUACAGCAUGUACACAAGACACUUGACUCAGUUUCAUGCUAAGGUGAUGAUAUUCAUGUGAUGUAUUUCUCAAUCACAUUUGUGUUAUGGCAGUUAAAAGUGCUCCCUAUUUACAUUCAUUGUAAAGUGGUUGUUAACAUAAUGUUAUACAUGACCAAAUAAAAAGUCAACUACUCAG